UCAGUGUGUAUAAAAGCCCUCAGCUGAGAGGCAGACAGCACGUUAGGAAAACAUUGUCGGAGAGGCCAGAGGGCUCUUACAGCAACACUACUCUUCCGCCUAAAAAAACAGCAGCCAUGACAGAGAGACGUAUUCCUUUCACCCUGAUGCGCACCCCGAGCUGGGACCCAUUCCGUGACUGGCACCAGAGCCGUAUCUUCGACCAGGCGUUCGGCAUGCCGGCCCUGCCUGAGGAGUUUGCCACAUUCCCCAGCACCCACUGGCCGGGGUACGUGCGGCCCACUAUGAUGGCCCCGGACAUGAGCCUCAUGAUGCCCCACGCCCCUAUGAUGUACCCCAAUGCCAUGAUGCCCCAGCAGGCUCGUGCCCUGUCCCGCCAGAUGAGCAGUGGCAUAUCAGAGAUCAAGCAGACCCAAGACAACUGGAAGGUGUCCCUGGAUGUCAACCAUUUCUCACCUGAGGAGCUGGUGGUGAAGACCAAGGAUGGUGUGGUGGAAAUCACUGGCAAGCAUGAGGAGAGGAAGGACGAGCACGGAUUUGUGUCCAGAACCUUCACCAGGAAAUACACCCUCCCCCCUAACACUAAUGUUGAGAAGGUGACCUCAUCCCUGUCUCCUGAGGGUUUGCUGACCGUGGAGGCUCCUUUGAUCAGACAGGCCAUCGAGUCUUCCGAGACCACAAUACCUGUCACCAUGGACAACAAAAGUGGCGUGGUGAAGAAGUAGAAAGAAAAGCAGCACACUGUCUCCCACACACACACACACACACAAACACUUUAUUUUGACAACUGCUUCUAGAAAGGUGAGGCAGCAGUUUAUUUCCUCCUCAGAUGUAAGAGCUCUACCUAAAGCAGACUCACAAGCGAGGGGUUGCCCUUGCUCUUCUCUCUCUUCUGGUAAUGAGCCAACCCCAGCUGAGUGCACUGUGUAAACACAUCUGCACCAGUGCCAUAUGCCUGCUCUUUCUGUGGUAAUUACACUCUUCAUCUGAAUGUAGGAAAUCUCAGCUUAGCCCCACUCACAGUCUUCUCUCUCUCCCUCACUUACACACACACCUUCCUCAUUUCUGCUGAGCAAAUUCCCUUUCAGGCCUCUCCAGACACACUAAAGACAACAGCAAAGCGGACUGUAAUAGCAGUGAUCUUGUAAAUUAAGGAGCUAAGGUCCCAGGAGAGCAUACACACCACCACCCUACUGUAAGUGCAGAACAAUGUCUGUGGUCUCCUAGGACUGGAAAUAGACUGGUUUCAUCUGCAGUUGCCUUUGGAAACAAACUAUUCAGUCACGCAAACAGAGAAUAAAGAACAAACAAUACUGACUGAC